AUGAGUGAUCGAUAUGAACUCUUGCAGUAUCUGAAGACCGUGGAGUGCGAGGAGUACAUCGAUCUAUUUGUUGCGAAUGACAUCAAGAUUGAUCUGCUUCCCCAGCUUGAUAGACACGCUUUGAAAGAGAUCGGGAUCACCAAGGUCGGAGACAGGCUGCGGUUGCAGGUUCUGAUCCAUCUUCUGAAUGCUGAAAGACUCAAGUCACGGGUGAACGUGAGUGAUCUGGCUGAGGUUGUUUCGAACGCUUCUGCCACGUUGAGCAGCGUUGAUAAGUCGGUCACGUACAGCGACAAAUCGCGACGUUCUUCCGACACAUUCAAGGUUGAGAACGAGUACAAGAAUUGCGUCACGAUAAUUGGACCGGACGGCCACAAGAACGAGGUAAACGUGACAGGGUGUUUUAGCUCGACCUCGAUCAAAAGAAAAGCGGUCAGAAAAAUGGGCAUUUCCUCUACACACGUUGAAGAGUGGAAAGCCUACUACGUCGACGAGGACGAUAAUCUCCACAUGAUGUUUGAUGCUGAGUUCACGGCACUAUGCCAUUCUCCAGACCGCCCAGAGAAAAAACGUAUAAUUCUCUGCCAUGCGAGCGAGUCGCCGUCAGAAGCUGCUCUGGCAACCUCCAGAUCCAUUUCUGCCAAUGGUGGUACCGAGAAGCAGACUUUGAAGAAUUUCCUAGGACAGAGACCGCCUUCACAGCUGAUUUCCACGAACCUUGGCGAAUACUUCCCUGACACGGGAGCAACAGAGCUUCGGGAGGUGAUGCGCAAUAGUGUGCGUUUUUCCAUGUACAGUUCCAAGAUGAGCACGCAUCAGUCCACGCGCGAGUCGGUCUACUCUGGAAGGCCGCAGUCCAUUGCUAGCUCUGUCUUCAGCUAUGGUGUUGCAGUUCCUGUCAAACACACUGUUGGAGAUGUUAUUCUGAACCACUCGGCUGCUAUGGACACAAUCCGCGCGGACAAGCCGCCGGAUUUGGAAGACGAGGGAACCAUUCGUGCUUCGAUGCACAAUGUGUCUCUGGAUAAGAAUGGCAGUUUGGACUCCAAACAACGGGCGCGCAUGUCUGUAGCGUUCUCGAAGCGGGAGAACAGAGACUCGACGGUGAUCAAGCUUUUUGAUGACGAGGACGACGACGAGUCGUUUGACUCGUCUGAGCAGCUCAGUUUCUCACUUGGAAACAACGACGGUCCGUCUGUGUGGCACAAGGGAACCAAAAUUGGCCAGGGAUCUUUUGGUACGGUGUACUUGGGGCUCAAUGGACUGACAGGAGAACUGAUGGCCGUGAAACAGGUUAGCCUUCCCCGGUCGUCUGAGGAUUCUAAGCAGACGAUGGUGAAUGCUUUGAAACAGGAACUCUCGCUGCUCAGGGUUAUGAACCACGAAAACAUUGUGCGCUAUCUUGGAUCCUCUGCCGAUUCUGACAACAUUUACAUCUUUCUGGAGUACAUUCCGGGAGGAUCAGUGAGCUCGAUGCUGUCGACGUACGGGCCUUUCGAAGAACCGCUGGUGCGAAACUUCAUUACACAGGUGCUCAUAGGGCUGAAAUACCUACACGGCGAGGAUAUUAUUCACAGAGACAUCAAAGGAGCCAAUAUUUUGAUAGACAUCGACGGGACAGUGAAAAUCAGCGAUUUUGGUAUCUCCAAGAAAAUAGAUAUCAACAAUACAGAGCCCGAGGAUACCGCCACCACCAAGCAGCAGAAACGCGCGUCUUUGCAAGGCUCGGUGUACUGGAUGGCCCCCGAGGUGGUGAAACAAAUUGCAUAUACAGAUAAAGCGGAUAUCUGGUCUCUAGGGUGUCUGAUUGUGGAGAUGCUGACGGGGAAGCACCCAUACCCGGGGUUUUCGCAAAUGCAGGCCAUUUUUCGCAUUGGCACGUUGACAUUGCCCAACAUUCCCGACGGCAUCACCGACGACUGUCGCGACUUCCUCACUAUGACUUUUGAGACCGAUUACAAAAAACGGUGCAACGCAGCCAGGCUUCUGAAACACCCCUUCAUCACGCCGUUGCUGACGACAAAGCGCUAG